UUUUGUCCUUGUCGCAGCCUCCUAAAGAUGCUAGCUUUAGGAGGCUGUGAUUUUGUACGAUUUGUCAAAACUGAAUUUUGUAUUGUAUUUAGUAAAAUGUAGUAUGAUUAGGAUGCAUCCUGUUAUAUGGAUGCAAUUAUCAAAACAGGAUUUAAGAAAAUAAAUCACAGAAUAACUUUUCAACCCAACACCGAGUCAAAGGGAAAAGCUUUAGUCCUAGCAAGUCAUGUUAAGAAUGUUGAAGAAUUAAGGAAAAAUGGGCAAAGCAAUUUAAUUCAAGCACGUAUAAUUAGACAAACUUCUGUCACCUCUGAACCAUAUUAUGCAAAACUAUAUAUUGAUGAUAAAAGAUUGAUUACAGAUGUGUAUUGCAAUUGUGUGUACAAUCAAAGUAAAAAAUGCAAGCAUGUAGCUGCUCUUAUUUAUUUUGUAAAUCAUGAAGAAAGUUUAACAAAGACAGAUCAUGAACAGCAGUGGGGUAAACCGAGUAUAAGUCAAAUAUCAAAAGAAAAGUACUCUAAGGGGAAGUUUUUCUAUGAAAUGAGAAUGAAUGCUAAAAAGCCGAAGAGUAUUUCAAAAUCAUGUGAUGAUAUAGAUACAAUUUUAACCUUAAAAAACCCUUCACCGUUAAAAUUAAUCUGUGCAAGUAUGAAUUUAGAUGACAGUAAACAUGUAAUUGCAGAUUUACUCACAGAAAUAACAAAAGGUGUUGAAACAAAUUUAAAAUUAGAAGAAUGUCAUGUUUGCAUAGAGAAUCUAUUGUUGUUUGCAGCAGAAUAUCCAGUGUAUUCAAAUGAGCUUGAUAUUCCUAAUAAUUUAAAAGACUUUUAUAAAAAUCAUAUAUUUUUGUGCAGUGAAGAUAUUUUAAAGCUAUCUUGUGAUACUCUUGGACAAGCGAAAGAUAAAAAUUGGUUUCUAUCUAGAAAAAAAAGAAUAUCGGCUAGUAAAAAUGCACAUGAAAUAAAGUGUAGAAAAACAAAAACUAUAGAGAAAUUAUUAUCAGAAAUGAUUUCUGAUAAAACAUUUUCUUCUAGAUCAACAAAAUAUGGAAACCUCAAUGAAUCCAAUGCAAGAGAAUUGUAUGAAAAGCAAUUUAACGUACAAGUAAUUUUAACUGGAUUCACAGUCAGUAUGUUCCAACCAUGGCUAAAUGCAAGUCUUGAUGGUGUUGUUGUUAAAAAUGGUAUUAUUUUAAGAAUAUUAGAAUUUAAGUGCCCUGCAAGCUGUGAGAAAAAACCUAUUGUUGAUGGAAGAAAAUCCAAUGUGCCAUACUUAAAAUAUGAAGGAGGAUGUUUUCUUUUAAGCAAAAGUCAUAUGUACUACACACAGUGCCAAAUGCAAAUGUACAUUAGUGGCCAAAGCAUCUGUGAUUUAUUUUUAUGGUCACCAGUGGGUAGUUAUUGUGUUCCUGUUUACCGUGAUGAGACAUUUAUAAAAGCUGUUGUGCUCCAGUGUGAAAGUUUUUAUUUUAUACACUACUUACCUGAAGUGUAUAAAUUAUUAAAUAAAAAAGGUAACAAUGAUACUUUCUAAUAUCUUAAGUGAAAUAUUAAUUCUUUUUGUUAACCUUCAUAGGACUGAAUGGGGUCCUUAAGAUUCAUUACAUAAUUUGUUGCUAUAUCUUUACCAAUGUGUAAUUUUAAGCUUUGACCUCUCAUAUAUCUACAAAUUAUUCAUUUCUUUGAUAAAUCAUGAAGUAAUCAUUAAUGUCUAGGAGCUGGUUUGAGUUUAAACUUUACAUUUUUAAGUUGAUGUCUGUUUAGACUAAUGUCCAUCCUUUAUGAUUUAACUUUAUACUUAACUGUAGUUAUUUAUUUAAUUGCCAUUAGUUAUUUGGAUUUUAAUGUAUAAUAAUAAAACCAUAAUAGUUAUUUUUAUAAUAUAAGUGUUAAAAGUACACGUUUAAGGCACGCAUAUGAAAGUUUGCAGAAUGAGCGAAAGCGUGUUCAGCAAUUCACAUGAGUGCCUUAAAAAUGUACUUUUUAACACGCAUAUCAUACAAUAUUUUUUCUACAAACGUAAUUACAGGACAAUAACUACAAAAACUUUUACUUGAACUUGACUGACAUUCCAAUUUUAUAUUUUUUUGACAUUACAUCAAAAUUGCAUAUACAGUCAAUACGAACUGCCGUGCCUUAAAAAUUUUAAAGCACUAGUGCCUUAAAGUAACAUUUUUAAUGGAGUGCUAAAAAUUGCAUUUUUAACACGGUUAUAGAAAAAACUUAUUUUUGAACAAUAUAUCAGAAAAUUUGUGUAGUAUAUAGCUUAUCAAGCCAGAGCUACACUUGGACCCUAGUCCAUCCUUUUCUCAAAAUUUUAAGGUUCGUCCUAUGAAGGUACAAUGUUAAAAAAUGUUCUUUUAUUAUAAAUUUUUCUCAUGUUCAAGAGUUCCCCAAUAACUCUACAUUACUAUGUUUUCAAAUUUCCUUUCCACAGAACAAUCUAUGGUAUUCACAAUACAUUGGAUAUAUACAUGGGGCUAUUAAAUGAUCUCGAUUUUGAUAUUUUCAAUAUAACUUUUGCUUAAAAAAACAUCCUCCUUCAUAUUUUAAGUAUGGCACAUUGGAUUUUCUUUCAUCAACAAUAGGUUUUUCCUCACAGCUUGCAGGGCACUUAAAUUCUACUAUUCUUAAAAUAAUACCAUUUUUAACAACAACACCAUCAAGACUUGCACCUAGCCAUGUUGGAACUUACUGACCGUGAAUCCAGUUAAAAUUACUUGUACGUUAAAUUGCUUUUCAUACAAUUCUCUUGCAUUGGAUUCAUUGAGGUUUCCAUAUUUUGUUGAUCUAGAAGAAAAUGUUUUAUCAGAAAUCAUUUCCGAUAAUAAUUUCUCUAAAUUUUUUGUUUUUCUACACUUUAUUUCAUGUGCAUUUUUACUAGCCGAUAUUCUUUUUUUUUCUAGAUAAAAACCAAUUUUUAUCUUUCGCUUGUCCAAGAUUAUCACAAGAUAGCUUUAAAAUAUCUUCACUGCACAAAAAUAUAUGAUUUUUAUAAAAGUCUUUUAAAUUAUUAGGAAUAUCAAGCUCAAUUAUACACACUGGAUAUUCUGCUGCAAACAACAAUAGAUUUUCUAUGACAUUCUUCUAAUUUUAAAUUUGUUUCAACACCUUUUGUUAUUUCUGUGAGUAAAUCUGCAAUUACAUGUUUACUGUCAUCUAAAUUCAUACUUGCAUAGAUUAAUUGUAAUGGUGAAGGGUUUUUUAAAGUUAAAAUUGGAUCUAUCAUUACAUGAUUUUGAAAUACUCUUUCGGCUGUUUAGCUUUUGUUCUCAUUUCAUAAAAAAACUUCCCCUUAGAGUACUUUUCUUUUGAUAUUUGACUUAUACUGGGCUUACCCCAAUGCUGUCCAUGAUCUGUCUUUGUUAAACCUUCUUCAUGAUUUACAAAAUAAAUAAGAGCAGCAACAUGCUUGCAUUUUUUACUUUUAUUGUACACACAAUUGCAAGACACAUCAUCUGUAAACAUUCUUUUACUUACAUAUAGUUUUGCAUCAUAUGGCUCAGAGCUGACUGAAGUUUGUCUAAUUAUAUGUGCUUGAUUUAAAUAGCUUUCUCCAUUUUUCUUAAUUCUUCUACAUUCUUAACAUGAUUUUCUACACGACUAAAACUUUUCCCUUUGACUCAACAGUUGGUUAAAAAGUUAUUUUGUGAUUUUAGAUUAUAAGUAAUUUAAGUUUUGUCCUUUAACCCAUAUUAUAUUAAAUAAAUAAAUUAUGUUAAUAAUG